AUGCCUUCCUCAAAGAAAGUUGCUCCAGCUCCAUUUGCUGCCAAAUCUAGCAAAUCAACCGAGUCCAAGAACCCAUUACUCGAAUCCACCCCAAAAAACUUUGGUAUUGGUCAGUCAAUCCAACCAAAGAGAAACUUGUCAAGAUUCGUCAAAUGGCCAGAAUACGUUAGAUUGCAAAGACAAAAGAAGAUUUUGUCAUUGAGAUUGAAAGUUCCACCUUCCAUUGCACAAUUUAACUACACCCUCGACAAAAACACAGCUACUCAAGCUUUCAAGUUGUUCAAUAAAUAUAGACCAGAAACCACUGCUGAAAAGAAGGAAAGAUUAACCAAGGAAGCUGCUGCAGUUGCAGAGGGUAAAUCCGCUAAGGAUGCUUCAUCAAAACCGGUUGUUGUCAAAUACGGUUUGAAUCAUGUUGUCUCUCUUAUUGAAAACAAGAAAGCCAAGUUGGUUCUUAUUGCUAAUGAUGUUGACCCAAUUGAAUUGGUUGUAUUCUUGCCAGCUUUAUGUAAGAAAAUGGGUAUUCCAUACGCCAUUGUCAAAGGUAAGGCUAGAUUGGGAACGUUGGUUCACAAGAAGACUUCAUCAGUUGCUGCUUUGACCGAAGUCAAUUCUGCCGAUGAAGGUGAAUUGUCUAAAUUGAUCUCCACCAUCAAUGCUAAUUAUUUUGAGAAGUACGAUGAGAAUAAGAAACACUGGGGUGGUGGUAUCAUGGGAUCAAAGGCCAACGAUAAGCUUUCCAGGAAAGCUAAAGCAAUUGCUUCUGCCAGUUAG